AUGGCUACCCCUAUUGUCCUCGCUUUUGACGGUGAGGGUCGCGCCAUUGACUUUGACGUCUGGGUAGAUGACCUGCAGCUGUUCUUACAGUGCGAUAGGGCAGACGGUCUCUCUCUCUUUGACCUCACCUCUGGCGCCUCUCCUGCCCCUGCUGCUGAUGCUGACGCCACUGUUCGCUCACAGUGGGCCAUGCGCGACGCUGCUGCACGUCUUGCUGUGCGUCGCCACCUCCCUACCUCCGAGCGUGCGCACUUUAGUCAGUACAAGAGUGCUCAGACCUUGUACGACGCUGUAGUUGCGCGCUACUCCUCCCCUGCCACUGCUGCACUGAGCCUCACUCGCCUCCCUGACUCCCUUCGCGUAGUCAGGGACCACUUCCUCUCAGUCUGUCCCACCACUCUCACUGUUGACCUCCUCGAGAAGUCCCUCCUAGUGGCUGAGAAGAGCAUAGUCGCUGUAGGAGCCUCUCGUGGUGACCCGCGCACCCCCAUCUUUGAGGGGUGUUCCCCCUCCCCCCUUCUGCCCUCUGUUGCCUCUGCUGCUGCGGCCGGCCUCCUUGGUCUUGAGUCGGUCGGUGCGGCGUCUGCUCCUAGCGGGAGACGCCGCUCUGGCAAGGGCAAGGGGGGCAGGGGCACCGGAGGAGCGAGCGGGGGCGGUGGAGGUGGAGGUGGAGGCGGCGGGGGGAGUGGGGGUGGCGGUGGGAGUGGAGGUGGGGGUGGAGGUGUCGGUGGCGGCAGUGGAGGCGGAGGCGGCGGAGGCGGCGGAGGUGGUGGCGGUGGAGGAGGCGGCGGAGGCGGCGGUAGUAGCAGAGGCAGCGGAGGCGGCGGGGGUGGCGGUGGAGCUGGUCGCGGGUCUACGCAGAGGAGUGGCUCCGAUGGUGGUCCGCGCCAGCAGCAGCAGCGCGGUCGUGAGACCCUGUCCCCUCAGCAGCUCCGUGAGUGGUACACUGCACGCCAGCGGGGUGGGGGUUUUGGUCCGUGCACCUACGUCCUGCGCACCGGCGACCGUGCGGGUGAGCAGUGUGGGGGUGCGCACCCCACCCAGCGCUGCUUUGGCCGCCUGACGGACGCGUGGCGUCACCAGUUCCCGGAGGCCACAGAGAUCCCUCGCUGGGGCGAGCUGUCUAGGGCAGGAGUUGCCAUCUAUGAUCUUGAUUUUGAUGCUAUCUAG